UCGUCCUACAAGAUCCGCAACUCGUGGGGCGCCAGCUGGGGCGAAGCCGGCUACGUUCGUCUGCAACGCGGUGGGGGUGGCAAGGGCACAUGCAACGUCGUCGAGGGGGUGUCGUUCCCCAUCAUCAGCGCCCCCAAGCCAACCGUCUCAGUGGAGAUGCUCUUACAUUAG